ACGAUCUCACAUUCGUGCCUGAUGUGGGCCAGUAGCGUUAGAAUUCACAUAUAUAACAGGACUUCCGUCGCGAAACGUUAUGUGCAUCUCGUAUCUCGUAUCUCCUCAUCGCGAACGUUUUGUACUCGACUCAAAUCUCAGCAAACCACGAGCUCAUUGCUUCAUCCAUUUGAAGUCAUAACUGCUACCGACCGGCUUCAAACCCCAGAGCAUCUACACUGGCGUUUGAACUUUCGUCUCACAACAGUUCACCCAUCAAGCGCUCACAACCGAGCAUCCGAAACACAAUCUCGGGGCAAAUAAACAUGUUCAAUCAAAGUUUCAAAACAGAGAGCCAGACAUCGCUCAUUAGACACGACACGGCUGACUCAAAGCCCUCCACGACUGAACGAAAAGAGGCGAAGAAGUCACUGUUUCAACGGCUGCAAAGCACAAAGAGGGCCGAGAUAUCGGAGGAAGACUUGCUAAAGUACACUGGCAUGACCAAAGACGGUCUUGCUGAUUGGGCUAGGGACCGUCCCGGUGUGGGUAAGAACCAACGUGCCGAGGGCGCCGUUGGCCCCCCAGAGGCCGCGGGCAUUGUCAUAGGGGGUUGUUGAACGAGACCUCAAGAUGGAACACUGGAUGGAAACGGAGGAUCUGUGAUAAGGACGCUGGAGGCACAACGGAUUGCAACGUUACACUCAUGCCGUUUUGGACCAAACCAUCAUCGCAAGUUUGUUUAGUCAGGCUGAAUGCACGCGCAUGUUGCGUCUAAUGAAUUUUCGUAAGA